AUGAACACCCUGCCAGAAGAAGUCCAGAUCGCCAUCCCAAUAAUCAAACCAACCCUAGAAAAGGUCCAACUGGCUGGACAGACUUUGCCCCCUGGAUUCCCUGCACCAUUCUUAUUUGCAGACGGGCUGUCUUCAGUGGAAACUCUAUUAACCAAUAUACAGGGGUUGCUGAAAGUCGCUGUAGAUAAUGCGCGAGUGCAGGAAAAGCAAAUUCAGCAGGAGAAGAAGGAACUAAAGAUGGAGCUGUGCAGGGAAAGAGAAUUGAGAGAGAACCUGGAAAGACAGCUUACAGCUGAGCUACAAAGCAGAGCCACAAUUCAAAAGCGCUUGAAAAAGGAGAAGAAAGCGAAGAGGAAAUUGCAGGAAGCUCUGGAGUUUGAAUCAAAGAGGAGAGAACAAGUGGAGCAGGCACUGAAGCAGGCUACAUCAGGGGAUGGUCUCAGGAUGCUAAAUGAUGCUGGGAUUCCGGAGAUGGAAGUUGACCACAAUGGAACCCAACAUGAGAAUGCAGCAAUGCAAGAAAACAGAGCAUACAUCAAACCAACCAUUAUGUACUGAAGAUGCCUAAUAUGACAUGUUUGUGUGGGGGGUGGGGGUGGGGGACAUAUAACAGUCACUCUGAAGAUUAUAUAACUCCUGCAAGAAGUCUCUUCUAACCCUUGAUGCCUUCAGUGCUGUGUGAAGACCCAGACUGGUAACAUUGCAAUAUGGACACUAUCAAGGAAUCUACAACUCCUGUGUUGAAAAAUUGCUGAAUGGUCACUGAGAAAUAUUGAGACUUACAAGCUUUGCCAUACCAAACCUUUUGCAGCAGAACAUUUUAAGUCCCAGAAAACAGAAUGGGGAGGAAUCAAUUUUAGCAUUUUUAAGCACAUAUAGCUAUGAUUCCCUGGAAGAUAGUCUCCGUGGGCCUCUGCAGGAGGAGCAAGAGGGGGCAAAUGAUGACACAUCUGUUAUGAUGUCAUAAUGCAAAUUACGUAUGUCAUCACGUCAUUACAUAUUCACACUGGUUUUGCAAUGAUGCUAUGACACGUGUGUUCUCAUUUUGAUGUCAUCAUGGCUUGUUAUGGUGCUGCAGCCCCUCCAAGCAUUUACUAUUACCACAGCCUUCCCCAACUUGGCACCUUCCAGAUGUGUUGGGACUACAAAUCCCAAAAUUCCUAUCCAGCUUAGCCAAUGGAGUAUAUAUGAAAUGAACCAGGUUGAGGAUGGCUGUAUAACUGUUUAACAAUGGCACAAUUAAUUUAAUAAGCUGCAGUGGUUCUUUCUGGCUGUAAAUCCUACAUGUCCAGUUUUAUCACUAAAACAGUUCACCACAGAGCUGUUUCAAUUGUGUUUAUAAAUUUAAGCUUUGUUUACUGAAGCUGAAAACUCAAUAUAUAUUACGUUUUGAAGAGAAAAGUAUGUACAUUUUUUAAUAUGAUGAUAAUGUAAAAAUUGUCCUUCCUUGGAUGACCAACUAAAAAGUGUGAACUAAACCCCAAUACUCAACAUAAUGAGGGGAUUAUAAAAUUGAUGCUUUUUUAAAAAAAUAAUAAAUCAGUUCUGCUUGGUUUUUGGUCUUUUCACACAAGGGACGAGGGAAGGAUGAACAUAUGGUAGGAUGUUAGAUAAUGGAAACUUUAAAAUAUAGUUUCUCUGUUGUAUCAUAUUAAGUUAAAAGUACACAUUCUUUGUUAAAAUGUUCUUGCUAAAAACUACAGUAUUAAAACAUUUUUGUUUGACUUUG